AUGUCGGAGGGGUCUGUCAGGACAAUGUUCCGCAUCCGGAUUUCGUCCGUCUCCGGAUGGUCCGAUGGCUUUGUUAUGUCGGAUGAGGCAGGGAGCGAAGGGGUGGACCAUGACGCCAACAACGACACUACAGCAGCCAAGGAAAGGAAAGAAAACGCCGCCGCUGGUGCCAAUGAAGAAACCCCAACUCCAGACAAACAAGAGACGGCUGUGGAUAACGUAUUUGAGAGGGCUGACAGCACUUUUCCUAGUGAUGAUACUGAGGAUAAGGGCAAGUUUUUCCUAAAGCCUGCUCGUUCUUCCUCCACGUGGACUUUCCUCUCCUCCUUCACCUCCACCGUGCCCUACACCUGCUACAGAUCCGGGGAGGAAGACGUUAUGGUUUGCAUGGGUAGGAGGUUGAGACGCUCCCAUAAGCUGGCCUCUGUCUGGGACAACAAGGACUCCGAGCGCCUCCACGGCAGCAUCCUCGAAGAGGACACCGACUCGCAGGCGGAGGAGAAGGCGGGCGACGGCAAGUUCUUCUUCAAGGUGUGGACCACCAUCGGCACCACAGUCACCGUCACCACCUUCUCCACCAAUCGUUCCGUCACUGUCUCUGUAUCGGUGGCCUGUACCUUCCCCGGAGCUGUCAUCAAUCUGUGCUAGUAAAUCUACACCUGUAAACGUG